AUUAAACUCCAUGACAACCAUACUGUAGAACACAUCGUUGUCAUGGAACCAUUAUGACAUCACACUCGGUGCCUAUAAAAACGCUCAGCCAGAUGAGACCGGUAUCAUUUGGCUGAUCUGAACGCUUGCCUUUGGUUGACUCCGAACGCUACUGUACAGAUUACCAAGUGAAUUUUGCAGACUUUCAAAAAGUUCGCAGCUUUAAACUGCUCGACGCACUGUGUACAGACAGACAGUUUACUUAGAUUUCAACCCUCUGUGAACCGAGUCUAGCACAGUUAAGUCUUUCAGUUAUUUUUUCACAUCAUGUUUCGUCCUGUAACACCAUUGUCCGACAAGGACAUGGAAGGAGCAGAUGUUGAAAAUAUGGAUUUUAUUCUGCCGAAUGCUGUGCCGAACUGUGACUAUGUCCUUGAUAUCGGACUUUCGUCACAAGUCGGGCGCGCUGCCGGCUGUUUAAAUCCAUGUGGAGGAGAGGAGGAUGAUGAGGAGGAGAUGGUGGAUGUUUAUCCAACACAUGAGGCGAAACGCCAAAGAGUGUUAGGAUGUGAUGACCGUGGAAUGGAUUUUGUUCUUCCGUGUGCUGUCCCUGAAAUUGUCCCGAACAACGGACAUUUGUUAGACAGACGCGCCGGGAGUUCACAUCCACGAGGAGGAGUAAAGGAGUUUACUCCUGCAUUUGAGGAGGCGAACAGCCCCACAGAAAAAUGCAAGAAUACAAUCUUUAAAUCAAUAAAGAAGGGGUGGAACAAUGUAAAGCAGCCAUUCCUUCGUAAUGAUAAAGUGGAAACACUGAUUCCUUCAGAGCUUAAUGCGGAUUCAGCUAAUCCUAAUCUAAAGGAUGAAGCUGGUCUGGCCAGCUCUGAAUUAAACAAUAAGAUCAAACCGGAAAAACAACGAAUGGCAUUCUUUGACUGUCUCCGGAGGGGCAAGGUGGAGUCAGUGCCGACUCCCCUGCUUAAAGCGGAUCCAGCUAUCCCUAAUGUUAGGGAAGUUGUUGAUCUAGCAUCACAGUCAAAGACCUACGUUGUUCCGAAGAAACAGAAACAAAAGGCUUCAAAGAGCCGCAAAUCUAACCUCCAGGGAGAAAAAGUGACUGUUGUGCCAACUCAACAGCCCAAGGCCAUUUCAGAUAUUCCUGUUGGCAUGGAUGUUCCUGAUCUGGCCUGCCCCCAAUCAAAACCAAAGAUUUGUCCGGAUAAAGGCAUGACAUUGUGGGAACGCUUGCUUGGAUGCUUCCGGAGGGGCAAAGUGGAGUCGAUGCCGAUUUCACAGAUUGAGGCCGAUCCAGCUAUCCCUGAUGCCAGGGAAGUUGUUGAUCUGGCAGAUUCUCAAUCGAAGAGUGUUGGCUUAAAGAAACACAAACAAAAGGCUUCAAAGAGCCGCUUAUUUCACAACCCUUUGAGAAAAAAAGGUAAAAAAGUGAAAAAAGAUGCCGAUCCAGCUAUUCCUGAUGCCAUGGAUGGUGCGGAUCUGGCCAGUUUUGGUGGCAUCGCUGCAGCCAAUGCCAGGCUACAGACGUUAGGUGCCAUUAAAGAGAAUAUUGGGUUAAAAGGUGGCGGAAAUCCCGACCCAAAUAAAGCUAAAAAUCCUGGGUCAAAAGAAGAUGGAAAUCCUGAGGCAAAAGCCCUUGAAAAUCCCAGAAAUCCCUUACCAGAAGAUGAUAAAGUUGUCAGGCCAAAAGUUAUAAAUUUUGUUCAACAAGCUUUUGAACCGCCAAGCGAGAAGAAACCAGCUGAUCCCUCAGUGCCUAAAGACACCUUUGAUUCUAAAUAUCAACUCUUGAAGGAUAAAGUGCUUGGGAAAGGUUUUGGUGGCAAAGUGUACAAAGGGAUCCGUAAAUCAGAUGGCACUCCGGUUGCCAUCAAGCGAAUAAGCAAACGAAAGAAUAAAAGCCCUAUUCAGAUUCCUGGAUACCCCAAACCGCUCAUUACAGAAGUGGCGCUGAUGCUUAAGUUAAGAGAUGCGCCCUCAUGCACCAAUGUCAUACAGUUGUAUGACUGGUACGAGACUAAACACCUUUACAUUCUGGUGUUGGAGUACCCACUGCACAGCGAAUCCUUGUUGAAAUUUGUUAGUCGUGAAGAAAUACUAAGUGAAAAUACAGCAAGACAUCUCAUGCGUCAGGCGGUACUGGCAGUGCAACACUGUCUGGAUAAUGGAGUUUUCCAUGCCGACAUCCAUUGCGGAAACUUCUUGGUGCAGCAAUCAACAAUGAGCCUGAAGUUAAUUGACUUUGGGGCUGGACGUUAUCUGACGCAUGAUGAUGGCUAUGAUUCCUAUGACUUUAGGGGAGCUUCAUGUUGCAUCGAAAAAUUCGAGGCCAUGCGAAAAAACGUCUGGGCCUUAGGUAAUGUGCUGUCCUUUAUGGUGCAUGGAUCUUUCGUGGAUUCCAGGAAUCGGAGAACUAUGAAUCGUUUAUCAAAGGAAAUCAGCGAUCUGUUAAGAGGUUGCCUGGCCAAGAAUCCAAGUGAUCGUCCGACGCUCAAGCAGAUCUUAGAUCAUGACUGGUUUAAAACUAAGUCUGACGAAGUAGAGCUACUCGUAUACAAAAUGAGGGCACUAUCCGCACAAGGGGAAUGAUUGGAGAUGCUGUUUUCAUCAUUCUGAGACAUAUGGAGUUUGCUAAUCAUGUUUAUGGAUAAAUAAGUUUCUACAACCAGAAAGCGAGAAUAGCACCGACAUUAAAAGGGCCACAAUUUCUCAGGAGUUUCUGCAUUAUGUUUUAUUUCAGCCUCAGACUUCAUGAUCACAGACCGCUGGCUGAACAUCUGAUGCAGAUCCUGUCUCAUCCUUGAACACAUUAAAAACAUUUUUUUAAUUCUUAGGGCUCUAUCUUACACCCGGCGCAAUGCGCGACGCAAGUGUCUUUCGCUAGUUUCCACCCUAAUUUUCACGUUUAGCGCCGCGUUGUUUAAAUAGCAAAUGCAUUUGCGCCCCCUUUUGCGCCCAUGGGCGUUCUGGUCUAAAAACGAGGUGUGUUCCGGCGCAUUGUUGGCUGAAACGUGAGGAGAGCCGUUUGUAAAUUCUUUAUCUCCUGUUUGUUACAAAUAAAGUAUUUUUAGAGUACAAACCUUAUCUUACAUACUUGUAAAUUAUGUUUUGAUGAUAUUGGAUAGCCAUACAUUUAAAGCAAUUACAAGCCUGCUUUUUACUUCCAUGACUAAAAGAAAACGGGUUUUAAAGGUUUUAAUAAAAAAAUAACAAUUUCAAUACAAGUGAAAAACAACACAAUUAUUUAACAUUAAUCUUAAACUGGGGAUCUUCUACCUCCGCUUAGUUUUUCAGUUUACAAAGUCCGUCAUCUAAAUAGGGAUUAGAUAUAGCGCCAGCGCAACUUGCUUUUAAAGGGAAUGAGAGCUGUGACUCUCAUUGGUUUACUGCACGUUACGCCCAAAAUACUCCCAUUACAAUAGGACCAACCCUUUUCGACCAUGCGCUCGGCGCACAAACCAUUUUUCCCGUCGUUAAAUUAGCAAAAGUGGAUUCGGACACGCCCAUUUAGACGUUGCGCUGUGCGCUUUAGACAAUGCGCUUAGAUCGUUAAAAUAGGGCCCUUAAUGUUUUUAUAUUUUAAAGUUGUAGUUUCUAAUAUAUAGUUUAUCCUCUAUAGAAUCAGCUAUGUCUGGCUCUCUCUCUCUAGGGUUGUUUUUCUCCUAGGAGUUUAGGGAGUCAGGUUUAUUAAUGUAAAGCUGCUUUGAAAUAAUUAAACAAUUGUGAAAAGUGCUACAGUAUAUAAAUAAAAUUGAACUGAUAUGGAAGACUUUUCUUAUCUUUUUUAUUUGAUCAAACGGAUUAAAUAAACUGAUUGGGUUACUUAUGUACAUGUUUUUCAUAUCCAAUAUCAAACCCUUGACCUUGGUAUAAAAUACUGGGAGUUAACGUAGUAAAUCCAAUCAGACACAAUGUUAAACCUGAUGCUGUUUUAACUCAAAUAAAUAAGUACACUUGACCUAAACCUUAAAAUAUACCAUUCUUUACUCAUUUGCAUGAUUUCUCUCAUUCAUCAAGACAUUU